GCGCGUUCCUGAAUAAUUCCCUGAACACCUCAUUUUCAAUGUUAAAACAAAUCUUUAGAAUUGGAUUAAGGUGUUCCUCUCCUGUUAUCCCCGUCAAUGUCCUCACCUCGAAUCGUUCUUCAUGCUAGAAUAGUUAUCGUUUAGAAUUCGAACUACUUCUACAAACUUAGGCAAAAUUAAUCCUCGCGUUGGAAUCAUUCUUGCGCGUAAUUAACGCACAAAAGAAUAUCGACGAAUCAUUCUCGCAACCCAGAGUUUUCCAAGCUGCGGUCCACGGGCUCCUAGACGUUCAAAAAGAUUCCUCUGGACGUCCGAGAGUUCUCAGAAGAAGAAUCGAAGUAUAUCACGUAACGUAAAUAAAAAAUGUUUUACUUUAUUCUUGUUAACAACAUUCGUUUAACGUUCGUAAAAAUAUUAGACAAGAAACAGACGAAUCGUGAAAUUGUCACGAAGACUAUUUAUGAAAAUAAUCAUCUCUCGUCUCGUUGAAUUGUUUCUCGUCGCCAUUGUUUUGUAUAAUUUUUUUUUAUAGUUUUCAUAGCGUAUCCUGUCGAACCCUAUCCAAAAGUUCCACGAAUUCCAAAGGGACCCCAGUGUCACGGCCGCUUAUCCAGAGACAUCAGGGGUAACUUUAGCAAGGUCCUAUCUCGACGAGAGGGAUGAUCAGAUCGUAGAGCGGCGCGAAGUGGAAACCGCGGGGCGCGUGGCCUCGCCUGAUGACUUCCGGUAUGCUGGCACAUCCGGCACGCGAACCUGUUGAUCCGUUUCACGAGGGUGCAAGUACCCCGACCGCGGUGCCAGCAGUCAGGUCUGACAAAACGGAUCCCAAAGGCAUGGCCAGCAGCACGGAGGAUUACGGCUCGGAAUUGCAGGAGUUGCAGUGGGGCGGGGGCAGCGGGUCGCACUUCCUGCGCAGCGGGUCUCACUUCCUGAGAAGCGGCACCGGCGGUUGCUACGAAGCCGAGGAUUUAGAGCCCACCAGCAGGCACCAUGGCGGUCAGCACAAGGGAUAUUACAGCCCUCCGGGUACGAGUUACACGAUCGUCGAGAGACCGCCGAGCGCACCUCAUCACCAUUCCUCGCACACCACGCCGUACAGGCACAGAGGGCACACCACCGGGGGCACGGGCGCCAUAUCGCCGGAGCAGGUGCUUAGAUUGUUCGGCAACGGAGUCUCGGAGCGUCGGCAAGGCGACAGGAGGACGCCAGCGUCGUCCCCAGCGAGCGUCUCCGCCGUCAGGACCACGUCGUCCUCGUCCCAGCAGCAACAACAGCAACAACAGUCCCAGCAGUCGCAGCAGAAUCCGGCGAAUCCUCCGACGUCGCCCAGCUCUCAGCCGCUCAGCCUUCAGGAGCUCACCGUAAGGACAAUCACCAUGACGAGAGAUCCCCCGGACUCUCACCAUGGCUUUGGGAUCUGCGUGAAGGGUGGCAAGGACGCAGGUGAGAUCCGAAGUACCUUCAGGCUACCACCGUCGCCGUACUUCGCGCCUCAAGAUCGAGAAGCGCAGUCAGGGGUGGGUGUCUACAUUUCGAGGGUGGAGGAGGGUUCGGUGGCCGAACGCGCUGGACUCAGGCCAGGAGACACCAUCUUGGAGGUGAACGGCACACCCUUCCGUGCGGUGACCCACGAAGAGGCCCUCAAAAUGCUGAAGUCCUGCCGAACGCUCAGCAUGACGGUACGGGGGCCAGCCUUGGAUCCGCGCUGCAGAGUGGGUCAUCCGGUGUGGAACACUUCCGGUCGUCAACAAUCCUGCAGUUGGAUGGACCGUCAAGGCCGUCCAGCCUCUCCGCCGCCUGUUUACCCACCUCGCGACUCGAGGUACUGUCCAAGGACGAGGAAGGUCGAGCUCUGCAUCGAACCUGGCCAGUCGCUUGGUUUAAUGAUCAGGGGCGGCCUCGAAUACGGCCUUGGGAUUUACGUCACCGGGGUCGACAAGGACAGCGUGGCCGAUCGAGCUGGACUCUUGGUAGGCGAUCAGAUCAUCGAGGUAAACGGUCAGAACUUCGAGGAAGCAACCCACGACGAGGCGGUGCAGAUCCUGAAGACGAACAAGAGGAUGACGCUUCUGAUCCGCGACGUGGGAAAAGUGCCGCACUCGUGCACCACCAGCCAGCCUAUCGUCAUGCCAACGUCUAGGUACCCAGAUCACGAUCCCAUGCUCCUGGAGAGCCCUGGAAACCAUCGACCACCGAGUCCUUCUAUCGCCAGUGAUUGGAGACACAGAGGCGGCGUGCACACAGUGUCUGCUGCGACGGCCGCCAUGGUGGAGGAAAAGGCGAGGGUGGUCCUCGCGAGGAGCGAGAGGGCUGCGCUUUCUCAGCUCCUGGCCGAUUACAGGACCCGUCGAUUGACAAUCGAGGAGCUGGUGGUCAGUUUGGGCGACUUGUUGAACACCCACGAGAAACUGACCCUGCUCACCGAGCUCAGGGAGCUCGUCGACAGCAAGGACAGGGCCGCCUUCGACGAUCUCGUUUACAGCAGGCCUCGAGUAGCCAUCGCAAGGAGAAAAGGCGACCGCGCCCAUUCGGAUCUGAUAGUGACACCCUCCCUCCACGAUCUUCCGAGGGGUGUACCCGGUGGUUGUUGCCGUCCGGGACGACUGGUGGACGUCGAGGGAGAUCCCCUAGGAGUGACGGGACCUCUCCUGCCGCGGGAUAACCAGGAAUAUAGAUCGCCGAGCGAGGACAGCGGUCUCGGGGCCGACAUGCCCAGGACCAGAGCGGGCUGCAGGAGGGCACAGCAGCAUCAGGUGACGACCUCCGACCUCGCCCUCUCCAACGACGACGAGUGCGACAACCAGGACUACGAGGACGACCUGGAGAACGGCCGAGGCCGCAGACACAGCUCUCCCGGCGGCUCGCGCGGCAACCCUAGGGACUACGGCCAUCACCAUCUUCAUCCUGACAAUCUGGAGAGCGACGGUGGUUGCGAUGGUAGCGACGCCGAGAUGAUCGGUAACGGGAGACGCGGAGGCGGAACGGAAAGGAAUCGCGAUAUGGAGGAGGAUGAGGACGAAGGAAGGGAGGAAAGGAGCUCGGAGGGUGGAGGUGGUGGAGGUUUCGGUGGUUGGAGGUCCCAUUUGCUCGGUGGGCUGACGCAACGUGUCAAAUCCUGGUACUGGGGCGCCAGGCCCCUCGAACUCGCGCACAAGCUCUCGCGGAGCUUCGACAUGCAGGAGGCGCAGCUCCUCGAAGAGGGUGGCUCCGGUGGCGGGACCACCGGGGCCGGAGGUGCUGGAGGACCUCCGAGGAGACACCACAGCGCUCAAAGGCUGGCCAGGAGCGAAAUGUCCGAGAGAAGGGAGGAGGACGGCGCCCUGGUGGUACCUGAUCACCAGGGGAACCUGAGGAUCACCGUCAAGAAGACCAAGUCGAUUUUGGGCAUUGCCAUCGAGGGCGGUGCCAACACCAAACAUCCACUGCCCAGGAUCAUCAAUAUACACGAUAACGGAGCAGCUUACGAGGCUGGCGGUCUCGAAGUCGGUCAAUUGAUUCUAGAAGUCGACGGUCACAAAGUCGAAGGUCUCCAUCAUCAGGAAGUAGCAAGACUGAUCGCGGAGUCGUUCGCGAGGCGCGACCGAAACGAGAUCGAGUUCCUGGUGGUCGAGGCGAAGAAGAGCAACCUGGAGCCGAAGCCCACGGCUCUGAUAUUCCUGGAGGCGUAGCAGGAAUCUCCCACCUCCGAGCCGGAACCACCGUAGCCCGACGUGACCAGAGCUCGGCCGGUGACACGCUCGGAGCGUCGUCAACGCUGAAGCCGCCGAAGAAGCUGACGAGAGCGCGGGAGAAAACAAGCCGACCGGCACGUGACCGAACGUACAAGCUCGCCGAGCGAUGCAAAAUCAUUGCAAGAACAAAGACAAGAACGAGAGCGACCCGCGAAGGCGACCACGACCACCUCGCUCUUCAACUUCUCCGUGCGCUCUCGACGGUCGAGCUCUCGGUCAGGCGCUAAUCGAACCUGGCUCUGGUGGUGGGAAACUGUUCACGAGGAAACAGAAAAUAAACAAGAUGCAGAAGGGUGGGACUACGUUAGCGGCGAGAGGGGCUCGAUUAGCGAGUCAAUGGGAUAAUAAUUGCACGGUCGUCGACGCCGAUGUUGCUGUCCUCGUUGCCGACGUGCCUCUAGGCUAACGGAACCGGUACCGACGCUUCCAGGCUCGGCCGAUUCGAGGCCUCGAUACGCGACAACCGGGAGACGGAACAGCGCAGAGCAAUCCCGAGGGCGCAACGAGGACGGCAAGAUGUCAUCUUCAAGAUGAGACUAUCCGUGAAAGACGAACCGAAGUGCUGCGUCGAACGACACCUUCGGUCGAAACUUUCGACUCGAAAGAACGUUGACGAGAUACACUUUAAGUGCGAUGAAAACGAAGGAGGAAGUUGACUGUGCCAAACUAUUAGGGAUUGUUUCGUGUAUAGUAGUUACGAUACUAUUAGUCGUAAGGGAUCCAAAGAGGACUACGUCCGAACGGGAGACGCGAGGCCAGGUUAAGGUUCCUGGAUCCUGGGUGACGAUGAUGUCGCGUUCGUCCCACGGACACUCCAUGAGAAUCACGGACACAAUCACCAACCGUUUGCGCGCGUUUCGACGUGCUCCGAACCCGGGCACGUCGCCGAUACGCGGCACCCGGAGAUUCACUGUUGACUAUUGCGUUAUCGAAGGUACUGGACGUUCGCGUCGAUCGGGAUUUUUGUUGGCGGAACUUCUCGGCAAGAGGUCUCUGCCGUUAGACGACGCUGGGUGUCGAGACGAGAUCGUUCAGGUACGAAGGAGACUCUGCGGGUCAUUCAGCGACUCGGUAGAAAAUUUUGUUCAAGCGGACUCCUUCUGCUGAGGUUUACGCUUACAUUUAUUCGGGAUUGCUAGUCUUAAGGGGUUACGCCACUCUAGAGGUUGAAGAGAAGGUCUAACUUCGAUAAUUAAUUUUGAGAGUAUCGCAAAAGGUAUUGGAUUUCUUUUUGCAGGGUUUUUUUUUUACCACAUAUUGGAGCAUAAACAAAAAUUGUUGUAUUAUUAUUUUAGUACGAAAUGGCGGCCACAAAGCGAGUCUCCAAAAUUGACUUUUUUUUAAACGCCUUCACUGGAGGACGGUUUGCUGUUUCGGAACCACUCAAUUCUUUGAAGUUAGGUGCGUUAAAAACUAUCGUCCCACCUUUUGCUUGUUAGCUUAGUGGCGAAACUAUGAACUAACGCUAAAAGUACAAUAAGUGGAAUCAGAAAUGUAUACAAGUCGAAACGUGUUGAGUUGUUGACACUGUUGUCGGCAGCUUGAAUUUUAUUUUUAUUUUAUAAUCGUGUCCCUCGAGUAUCAACGAUGUCUCGAGAAUUCUUUAAAAUAUACUCGACGUUGAAUACAGUUUCAAGUUGAAACUAUUUCAACCCCAGGAGGAACGGUGGCCGACGAAAGUCCCGAUCGGCUCGUUCCCGCGACUAAUACAGACUUAUUAUGGGAAUUGUUGAGGCUUAACAAAGUAUAUUAUAUAUACAUAUAUAUUAUAUGAUAAUAUUAUCGACUAUCGUAGUGGAAUUGCAACUCGUACCUAUCCGGAGGUGCUCGAGCGCGCGCGAAUUAAUCCACUCGCUUGACAAUGUGUGCGCGCAAGAGCGUCGCGAGAAGAGUAAAAAGAUAAAAAAAAAAAAAGAAGUAAACUUAUAAAAUAUGCGAUAUUUUCAAACAGUUAAUAAAGCAUAGAGACAUCGCGUACUUAGCAACGGGCUUGACGUCACUUCGAGUUCGAGCUGUCGAGACGAAAUAUCGAUUCGAAAGGUCGACGAGGAAAACGAGCAACGAUUCAGCGAGAGGCAUCAGCGAUUCGAAAAUUCACGUCAACUCGUAUCACGAUUUUAUUUCGAUUUCCAGUCGCUUUGGUAAACUUUUGUAAUUCG